CGCGACUGCGCGCGCGACGGCGCCACCAGCCGCUUCGCCCCGCGGCUGCUGUAAUGCCGCCGCCGCAUCCCGCGGGCACCUCUUAUUCGAGGCCACGUCGCCUCAACCCAUUUGAGAAUUUUGGCGACUGGCUGCCGUCGGUGAGGCUGCCCUUCCAAGCCGGAUCCUCUGAGGACGGCUCAGGCGACGGCGCCGGCUCAGGCUACCCGCCGAUCCUCAUCGAGUCGAAAGCCCAAAUAUGGCCAGGUGGGCCCACCGCGCUGCCCCCUGUGGCCUGCGCCGGCAUCUUUGCUCUUGCACCUCUCACGAUGCUGCUGCUGUGGGUCUACAUCGCGUUCGCGACCUGUCGAGGGGGGAAGCGAGUGGAGGGGGGAGCAGCGCUGGCGCCGGCGCCGGCGGCGCGUGCGUCAGAUAGCGACGGCGGCUUGCGCCGCGUCGAAAAGGCAGACGUCGCGGGCACGGCGGGAGCCUCCUCCUCCUCCUCCUCAGCAGCAGCAGCAGCAGCAGCAGCUCGCGCCGGCUCGUCGUCCACCGCCGCCUCGUCGUCCACCGCUCGAGGCAGCAGCGCGUUCGUGAGUGCAAACGAGUAUUGUUCCUCCGCUGCGGACGAGGCCGACGCGAUAAGUUCCGCGCGGGCGCAGGUGUGAGUUGGGGGGGCUCCAACCCGCCACCUACGCCUGCUAGUCGAGACAUGCGCAUGGAAGAGCGCCAUGGGUGCGUGGAGUGUGGAUGUGGGGUGGGCUACGUCGCGAUCGCAGCACCGCUGUGUGCCCGUGUAAGGGGCGAGUCGCGAGUGUCUUGACGUGUGUGCGAGUGUGCGUUACGGUUCUACGAGUGUGCUGGAGGCGGGCUUAGCACGCCUGACGCCUCGUGUGCCUCUCCUCUGCCAACGUGGUGUGUGCGCGCGCGGAGCGUGCAUGCUGUGAGUGGGCUGACACUGUUAGAGAGGGUAGGAGCCAAUGAAAAAUCGUUCAUCGUCGGGAUUAUCAU